GGCCGGUGCCCGGCUCCGGCUCGGCUCCCGCGACCCCGGGGCGCCGGGCGGGCCCCCCGCCCCCUCCCCCUCCCCCCUUCCCCUUCCCCUUCCCCUCCCAGCGCGCCCGCGCGCCCCGCGGGCCUCGGCGAGCAGCUCGGCUCCCCCCAGCGCUCCCCGGGCCCAAAGAUAUGGCAAUGGUAGUUAGCAGCUGGCGAGAUCCGCAGGACGACGUGGCCGGGGGCAACCCCGGCGGCCCCAACCCCGCAGCGCAGGCGGCCCGCGGCGGCGGCGGCGCCGGCGAGCAGCAACAGCAGGCGGGCUCGGGCGCGCCGCACACGCCGCAGACCCCGGGCCAGCCCGGAGCGCCCGCCACCCCCGGCACGGCGGGGGACAAGGGCCAGGGCCCGCCCGGCUCGGGCCAGAGCCAGCAGCACAUCGAGUGCGUGGUGUGCGGGGACAAGUCGAGCGGCAAGCACUACGGCCAAUUCACCUGCGAGGGCUGCAAAAGUUUCUUCAAGAGGAGCGUCCGCAGGAACUUAACUUACACAUGCCGUGCCAACAGGAACUGUCCCAUCGACCAGCACCACCGCAACCAGUGCCAAUACUGCCGCCUCAAGAAGUGCCUCAAAGUGGGCAUGAGGCGGGAAGCGGUUCAGCGAGGAAGAAUGCCUCCAACUCAACCCAAUCCAGGCCAGUACGCACUCACCAACGGGGACCCCCUCAACGGCCACUGCUACCUGUCCGGCUACAUCUCGCUGCUGCUGCGCGCGGAGCCCUACCCCACGUCGCGCUACGGCAGCCAAUGCAUGCAGCCCAACAACAUCAUGGGCAUCGAGAACAUCUGCGAGCUGGCCGCGCGCCUGCUCUUCAGCGCCGUCGAGUGGGCCCGCAACAUCCCCUUCUUCCCGGAUCUGCAGAUCACCGACCAGGUGUCCCUCCUACGCCUGACCUGGAGCGAGCUGUUCGUGCUCAACGCAGCCCAGUGCUCCAUGCCGCUGCACGUGGCGCCGCUGCUGGCCGCCGCCGGCCUGCACGCCUCGCCCAUGUCCGCCGACCGCGUCGUGGCCUUCAUGGACCACAUCCGCAUCUUCCAGGAGCAGGUGGAGAAGCUCAAGGCGCUGCACGUCGACUCGGCCGAGUACAGCUGCCUCAAAGCCAUUGUGCUGUUCACGUCAGAUGCCUGUGGCCUGUCGGAUGCCGCCCACAUCGAGAGCCUGCAGGAGAAGUCGCAGUGCGCGCUGGAGGAGUACGUGAGGAGCCAAUACCCUAACCAGCCCAGCCGCUUCGGCAAACUGCUACUGCGACUGCCCUCGCUGCGCACCGUAUCCUCCUCGGUCAUCGAGCAGCUCUUCUUCGUCCGUUUGGUAGGUAAAACCCCCAUCGAAACUCUCAUCCGCGAUAUGUUACUGUCUGGGAGCAGCUUCAACUGGCCUUACAUGUCUAUCCAGUGCUCCUAGACCUUGGGCACUUCCCACCUGCCCCCACCCCCUAGAGACUCACAGGACUGGCGGGGCCGUGGACUCCAAUGCCGCGGGGACACCAGGCGGCCGAUGCAGGGUGCGGUGGGCUGGGCAGGGGCGGGAGGAGGGCCGGGGCGACAAGAGCAGCCCACCGUGCAGAAAUGCAACCCGAGCUGCAAACCAGGAGAAAAAGAGACUCUUUUUAGUAUCAGAUCUGUGAACACGUUGGAAAGGAAAGAAAAAAGA